AUCUUUUAAAAGCGCAUGCGCGUAUCUAAUGGAAACGUUGAUCUAUAAACCGCAUUGGGAACCUGAACAAGUUUGAGAUUUUGUCAAGCAUCCCAGAUAUUUCAAAAGAGCUACUAGUGCUUGUUGAUUUAAGUUUCAAGAAUGGCAGGUACGGCUUACCACAUGGAAGCGCUGCGCAAAACAAGAGUUAUUGAAAGAAAGAAUGAAGCCAUGAAGAAACUGAAGGAGUCCAUAGGCCAGAAAGGUGAUGCCAGUGGAGGACAGUUUGACACUGGGGACACACCUUUAGUUUUUUCAGAACCAGGACAUUAUGCUCAAAACAGGUUAACAUACUACAAAAUUGGGAGACAUCGUGACCAACGCCAAUAUGACCACAGUCGUAAUGGGCCGGUAGUUGACAAGACCAACUAUGCUUUAAAGCGGGAAUUCAACUUCCUUGGCAGUAGUCUCAGCAUGCUAAAGCGGGACAUUGUCCCAUCGCAUAAACCGAUACCUACAUCUAGAAGAUUUUAGAUGUCUGAAUUCAGAAUUUAUUUGACAAAAGUCUGAAUCCUUUUCUUGCUGUUGUUUGAAUUUUGGAAAUUAAUCUGUAAGAUUUUAGAAUGCGGAAGUAUAUAUAAUAUGUUUUAUAAUAUUUUGCAUGCAGAAGUAUAACUUGAAAAAUAAUGUCUGAGAUCAAAUUUACUGAAUGCAUUCAGAUUUAUUGUUAUGGUGAGAAAUUGCUUCAGUUUUAAAGUAAUGCAUUUACCUUAUGCUUUCAUGAUUAAAUUGUUAAGUUUAUAUUAUUAUUAUUCUCUUUUCUGUUUUUUUUUUUAUGGUGGGUUAAUUUCUCUGCUUAACUGUUGAGGAAGCAAUGAAUCACUUUAAAUGCAAACCAACUUGUAUUUUAGUCAAGAAUGUUUGCUUAGUGUGUGAAAACCAUAAUCAAAUUAAUAUUGGUAGUUCAAUGUUUUAAUGCAUGCAGCCAAGGUUUUCAGAUCUUUAGCUCAUACCAUGAUUUAUUUGCAUUUGUACACCAAAAAUAACUCUGUAAACUUUGUAGCAUGCUACAUGUUUAUUUAUUGGAGACAUUUGUCAAAUAUGAAUUAUAAAACAAAUAUAAUACUGGUAAGCAUCACAUCAGUGAAUAAAAUACAAUAAUCUUUUGAACUUGUUUAUAUAUAUAAUCUAUAACAGUUUUAUAGAAUUGAGAAAAAAGAUUGCUAUGGCAGGGAAUUAUGCAGUAUAACCAAUACUGAAUGGAUUCCAUUUAAAGAAUCACAGAAUGUUACAGUAUAUUUUAAUAGUUAUUUUUAUUUUGUUGCAUAAAUCCCUUAAGCAUGACAAAUACCCCGGUAUGUUUUUUAUGCACAUUGCUCAAAUAUCUGUGAUAUGUUAUUAUGUUAUGAAUGAUAAAUACUUUUUCUCUAUGGCAUCAACAAUGUUUAUAUGUUGGUAUAUUUACUGUUUACAAAAGCUAUGUUCUAGGCAGUAUCACAAACGAUCAUAAGUUUAAGUUAAUCUUUAUCCUUUAAUUUAGAAAUUGUGUUAACGUGAGGAGUUCUUAAAUACAAGAUAUAUAAGAUCUCUAUUUUUAAUUUUAUUUGUGGAAUAUCACAGCAUAAUUUAUGCAGCUGUCUUUUUGCUUAGAUUGUUUUUGCUUAGAUUACAUAACUAAAUGCUGUCAUGUUAGUUGUACAAGUCAUGUCCUUACCUUAAAUACUGCAUGUAGGUGAACUAUUUGUUUAUCAAAUGUUACAACAUAAUGCUAUAUUAUAUUAUGUAAAUUUAAAAAACUAUUGAUUACAAAUUUGCUUGACAAUACUUAAACUAUAAUGCUUUUCAUCAAUUUGAAAUAUAUGUAACAAUUGAUUCUAUUGAUUUAUCGAUUGAAAUGCAAUAAUUCUUUAGGAUCAUGUUUUCCUAUUGUUAAAUACUGUUAUUGAUCGUGUGUCCAAUAUUGAUUUACUCUGGCAUUCCAAUAAUGCAAUACAAGUUUGUUUGUACAAGUUUUUUCUACUUUGUUAUUUGUUUUACUCUUGUUUGCUAUUGCAUUUUUGUGAAGUCAUUUCAAAAAACAUAAAGUAGAAAUAUUAGUGGCAUAAAUACAAAUUUUAAAGAUAUGGUCCUAGAUUAUCUUGACACAAUUCAUAUUUUCAAAUGACAACACGAUUUUGAUGUCAUCAUCAAGAAAAUACCCAUUUCAAAGACAACAUCUAUGGCAAGAAAUGUGCAACUGAAUGAUUUAAUUUAAAUAAAGUUAAAAAGUUAUUUGUAAGUACUACAAAUAAUGAUGAUUUCAUACUAUUUGCAAUGAUUUAUUAAUUUGGUAUGCAUAUUUUCUGAAUUGAUAUAAUUAUAUGUCUUUUAUAAAUCAUUUUUAUCAGUUAUGUGGAAAAUAGCAUUUAAAAAAACAAUUGAAAAGAGUGCAUAUAAUAGAUCAGUUUGACGUUGUUUAUGAAUAUUGUUAAUGAAAUGCAUUUUUUCAACCUUUUAUAUCUCUUUUGUUGCAUGCAGGUCAUUUGUAUUGUUUUUGGAUUGUUGCUUUGUUUGUUGUUCAUGUAUUUAAUAUUUUGUUACUUCAGUAUUAUCAACCUGGUUUUUAAUAAAGAGCACAGUAUUAUUGUUAAAA